AUGUUCAUGAAGACCAGUUUUUUCAAGCAUUUUAAAAAAGACACCGAUUGUAUGGAUCAAAAUGAAAUCCGAAGUGCAGAGAAUAUACGUCUACCUCCAGGGAGACCGUUACUUUGGGGUGGUCUGGAUGACUCCGAAAACAGCACUAGUUGUGACAUGGACGAAGACGACUACUUCGGGGAGGAAACCUUCGAUUUGGCACAAGCAAAAGAAAUUGAAACACUGAAAGAAGAAAUAACGAAAAUCAGUCAAUCAUUGAGAAACAUAAAAUGUGAAAAUCAAAAGCUAGAAACUGCAAAUAAAGAGCUAAAGGUAAGUACAAAUCUAAGUAGAAGCAUCAAAAAGAUUGAACAUGAAUUCAAAUUAUCCAAAUUGAAUAAACUGGAGAAUCAGUUGGCCACCGAAAAAAAUAAAUAUUUAGAAUAUGAGACUAGCAAUGAAGAUUUGAAGAAGGAACGAAAUGAGCUAUUGGAUCAGGUGGCAUCCUUGAAAAAAAGUGAAUCAAAAAUGAAGCAGGGUAUUGAUAACCUCAGGUUGGCUAAUGAAAAACUUUCAGGUGAAAGAGACCAGUUUGACAAGUAUUUAGAAAAGAGCAAAAGCGAUCUGCGUGAGACAGAGGGAAAACUGGCUGCACUAAAAUUGGAAUACGAGAAAUCACUACAAGAAAUUAGUCGACUGAAUUCGAAAGCAGAAAGCUGCGAUGCAGCAAUCGAAACUGGAUCACUAAAGAUAGCCCAGCUAAACCAGGUCGUCAGUGAUCUUACUAUGCAAUUGGAAUAUUCUCGACAAGAAUUGGCGGCGCACAAACAGAAGGAAAAGAGCCUACAAGAGCAAAUAAAGAAAAAAGAAUGCGAGAAAGUGGAAAUGACCAGAGAUUAUGAAUUACGACAAGAAAAAAUUGCCAAAAUGAAUGCCAAGAGUAUGGAGAACGCCAUCGGAGAGAAAGAGAAAGAAAUAAAAGCUCUCCGCAUGGAGCUGGACUCCAGGAGGGGAGAAAAUGUAAAUGAAAGAAAGAAAUUGGAAAAGAAGGCCAAUGAUGCUGCUUCCCAAUUGGAAAAGCUAAAAGAACAAAUCAGGGGACUGACAGCGGAAAAAAUCGAGGUGAGUGAACAACAAACAAAAGCAAGGGAUGCCUUGUUGCAACGGUUGGAAGAACUGGAGAAGGUAAUUAGCGAGCAGCAGAAAAAAAUGAAGAAUAAUGAAAUGGAACUGGAACAGCUACGGAAAACCGAGAAAGAGUUCAAAGAGUUACAGCAUCAAAUCUACACCAAUUCUCCGCCAGCUAGUUCCCAAUUGCCCGAGAGUAUUGGAAUUUCGGUAACUCAAACACCAAAAUCCCCGGCUUUGUCAGUUCGACUGCACUCAAUGGCAAUCAUGAAAACUCCACAAAAGACACCUCGAAGCAUACUGAGACAACCAGGGUCUGCUAGUAAGCGCCGGCGAGUUUUUUUCGCAACACAGUCUGAUGAAUCUAUGGUGGAGAGUAGCUUACUGUUGACACCAACGAAAUCGGAUGAAGAUAACGACACAUCAAAUAUAAGGAAAACGCCGUGUAAAAGCGGAUCAAAGGUUACGGAAAUAAAAAAGAAGAAGCAUACCGGAAAAGAUAGUGUCAACUGGUUCGAAUGUGACAAAUUCUUUGGUGUUGGUUUGGAAGAUUAG